GUAACAUUGGAUAUAGGUUUACUGCCAGUUAGGGGUAUAUUAUAAAACGAAUAUAUACAUACAGAAGUAAAUCAUACAGACUAUAGAACAACAGGUGUAACAGUGGAUAUUAUACAACAUAAUGGACGGGAAAAGUAUUUUGUUAAUGGCACUGAUAUAUGCUGCUGUAAUUCAAGAUGUCAAGGCUGCUAAACUCACAAUACAACCAUCCCAGAAUAUACAGGCAGGUUCUACAUAUUAUUUAGCAUUACAGUGUUCACCUGAUUCUAAUUCAAGUUAUACUAAACUACGCACUAUGGAGAUAUAUAAACAAAGUAUGGUAUCACCAAAAAAGCUGUUGGUGAAAGUUGAUUCGACUGGGUCGUAUACUCCAGGAGCAGGAAUAACAAAACCUAAAUAUAAAAUAUUGUUUUUGUUAAACGCCCCCCAACUAAUCGACAAAUACGUACAAGUUGACAUAAAUAAUCCCGACUGUCACGAUACUGCUGAAUAUACGUGUGAAACAACUGGAGAAACUGCUACAUCAUCUCAUCCAGUUUAUUUGAAAGACUCUAAGACUGUGACAGUUCAAAGUAAUCCUGGUAAGGUAGAAAUGAAGAUAUUUCAUGAAAAGCCGAAGUAUGAUGUUGGUGAAAAGAUUGAGAUUACCUGUCAAACAGGUGUUGAAAAUCCUGAACCAACAUGGACCUGGGAAUUCAAGCCAUCUGGUGAUUCACUCACGGACGUUAAAUUUUAUAAGGUCCAUGAUACAACAUAUGACGUAAGGACAGAAAAUAUAAGAAAAAGUCAGGUUGAUCAACACACAUCGACUCAAUGCGGAUAUAAUACUGGAAGUACAUUGCAGCAUGAAGUAGGUAUGGAGGAUGAUGGACUGAAAAUCAGAUGCAUGGUUGAUAACUCAGAACUGUAUAGUGCCAUUAAGACUAUCUACUUAACACUUGAUGACGUCAAGAAAAGAAUGCUACUUGCCGACACAGAACGGAUCAAGUUAGAACAAGAAAAACUGAAACAACAAAUAUCAAAGAAUACAACAAACUGUAACUGUUGUUGUAAUUAGUUACAUAUAUAUUCAUAUUAAAUAUACGACCAAACUGUAACUGUUGUUGUAAUUACUGACAUAUAUUCAUAUUAAAUAUACGAUCAAUCUGUAACUGUUGUUGUAAUUAUAUAAUUGAUAUAAUAUUGAUAAAAGUUUUGAGCACAUAUUUUACUCAUUAACAUAGUUAACCGUUAACCAGAUGACCGUACUUUUAAAAUUGUACUCUAUAAUCCUUUCUUAACAGAAGUCGUCACACCUCUCCGCCUUAACACCGUGUUAACAAUUUUGUUUAACUUAGCUUUGUUUUGUACGGUGAGGAAAGGGUACCAACACUGGAUAGAAAAACAAAGAAUGCUUUGUAUAAAUGAAGUGUAAAACAGUGAAAUUAUGGUUUGGUUAACGUGAAAAGAUCUCAGUUUGGGCAUGAAAUAGAGGAGUUGUUGACACUUUUUGUACACUGCGUUUGUGUUUUGGUUCCAUGAUAAUUUGACACCAAUGAUAGUACCUAGAUAUUUGUAUAGUUUUGUCUUCCAUUGUUAAGGGACAUAUAUAUGAUUUAUUAACCCUAAAAUCAUUCUGCAAAAUUGGCAACAUCACAUCUGUAAUGAGUGUCAGAUUUAGCGUCGUAUAGUGAACUAACAAUUGCUGCAUCGUCUACAAAUUUGAUAGUGAGACAGAAAACAUCCCUGAGGUGCCCCCGUGUUUGUCUUAAUAAUAUUUGAAUAGCACUCGUUGACUUUAACAUUUUGCGGUCGGUCUAUUAGGAAAUUUUCAAUCCAUUUUAUUAAAAGGGUAUUGGCAUGCAUAUUCAAUAACAUAUUCAAAAGAAUAUGUGGCUGUAUGGUGUUGUCACAGAUUAUGUGGCUGUCACAGAUUUUAUAUUAAAUUAAUUACUGAGCUGUCACAGAUUUUAUAUUAAAUUAAUUACUGAGCUGUCACAGAUUUUAUAUUAAAUUAAUUACUGAGCUGUCACAGAUUUUAUGUAUUAAAUUUAAAUAUCUAAAUGUUAAGAAAUGGUCCAUUUACUUUUCAGCUCAAAUUGUCAUGCUGUUUAGAAAAUCAUCUAUAAAUUUGUUCAACUGAUUACGUGUAAUGUUGUAGCCAUGUUGAUCAAGUACUGUAGGUAUACAGAAUUGUGGUCCAUCCAGGCCCGUAGCCAGCUUGCUGGCGCAGCCCUGGCGGUACGGGGGUCUCCCCCCGGAAAAUUUGUGUGGCUCCUUUAAAUUGUUUAAGAUUGGAACCAUGCAAUCAUAUUCGCAGUACUUUUCUCUUAAUUAAAGAAGCAUGAGUGCAAUCUAAACGCUGGUCUCUUGAAAUAUUUUAGCAUAAGUUUCCUGUCCUAUUUCAACCCACAAAACCCCAUUCCGUUUCUUAUUUUAAAUUAGAUAUUUAGACUUGAAUGACAUAUCAUAUCUUCAUUAGCAGAACAAUAGAACGUUAAACCUUAUGUCAGUCCUAUCAUCAAAUGUCUGGUUUGAAAAAUUAUAGACAAAGUCCAGGUUUCUAUAUGUAGUAUUAUGUUUUAUUCUGGAAGACGUAAAAUGGCGCGGAUGCCAUGAAAUUGUGAGACUAUCAUAUUGUAACAUUUGCAAGGUUAGGGAGCAGAAUUGUUCCUUGACAGCAAUGUUAUCGCCUACCAUUUUUCGAUUUCAAACCGCCGAGGUUUCUAUUGCAUGCUUUCCAGUAUGUUCACAGGAGGACCACGCUCUUUUGCUCAGGAGAGAAAUUAUAUAGUCAGCCCCACUGACGCUUCUCCUGAUAAUGUUUAAUAUUUCAAUGAAACCUCAAAAUACAUCAAUUGUACUAGAAAUAUUUUCAAUGUACCUAAUUUUUAUGUGAAUAAUAAAAGUGUUAUUAAUUGA